UAGCAAAAUAUUUAGCUUGAUUCUCACUAAUUAGUUCUCGCUCACAUACACACGCCCUCUUUCCUUUUCCCCCUCCCUCUUUCCCUUUUCAUGUGUAUAUAAACUGUUCAGUUCAUUUCUGAAGUAGAGGGUACUGGAGAAGCCAAACCCAUAGGGUGAAUUCCUGUCAAUUUUAAUUGUAAUUUUAAAUAACUGAUCUGAUGUAGAACAGAAAAUACAGUCUUUGUAUUUCUUUAUCAGGUAGCACUUGAAAAAGGCUUCUGGAUAUAAAUGUGCUUGAUGGACUUUGGACUGAAACAGGUUUCUUGUAAACUCAAACAACAAGGAAAAAACAUUUUGGAUUUUUGAAUCACUGUAUUGUAAGAGGUGCACAUAAGGGCGAUGAACUCUACGAUGCUUGAAUACAAUGCUCAAGACAGAUUCAGGGAUGCUUUGGUUAGAAAUGUCAUCGUUGUUAUCUUUGGAAUCACAAUUAACUCCAUCAAUGGCGUGUUUGUAUUUACAUUCUUUAGGAGUUCAGUUUUCUAUAAGGAUCCAAGAUAUAUUCUAUAUAUUCACUUGGUUAUCAAUGAUAUGCUCAUGGUUUUUGUAAGUGUUUCUCUUUCUGUGAUGGCUUAUGCAUGGCAAAAUGUACCAUUUCCAUUUUGUGUUAUACUACUAAUAAUAGCAUCUAAAACUCAUAAGAACAGUCUUCUGACUUUGGCUGGCAUGUCCAUUGAGCGUUACAUUGCCAUCUGCAAACCACUGCAUCACUAUCAGAUUUGCACAGUGCGCAGGACGUACAUCCUCAUCUCUCUGAUAUGGAGUGUUGGAGUUUUACCUGGAUUGGCUGAUUUUAUUGUCCUUUUACUUGUUGAUCCUUCUAUCUUUACCAAAACAACUGUCUGUACCACAGCAAAAUUAUACUACACACCGUACCAUGAAGAACUUAGCAAAUAUAUGACUGGCAUUUAUACAUGUGUUGUGUGCCUAAUACUCAUAUAUACAUACUGCCGAGUGUUGAUCACAGCCAGAAAGGCCUCCACUGAUAAAUCCUCAGCAAAAAAAGCUCAAAGCACCAUCCUGCUACACGGAGCACAGCUUCUGCUCUGUAUGCUGUCCUACAUUACUGGUUCCAUAGAAGUGAUGUAUGCUCAACUGUUACCAGCCGAUCGGUCAAAACUGCUCUUUUGUAAUUACCUUCUUACAAAUUUACUACCGCGACUGCUCACCCCAAUGAUUUACGGUGUUCGAGAUAAAGUGUUUUAUAGUCACAUGAAAGGCAUUGUUGCAUGUAAAUUAGUUAUUGUAAAGGUUGAAUCAACUAAAGGAUAAGCUAAGAAAAGAAUCCCUAUCUAGCUGGUUGUCAUUUCCUUUCUUCUCUGUUGAUUCUCUUUGGGAAAGCAUUUUGUUAUAUUGUAAAACAAUAUACUGUUGUGUCUAUAAAAAAACCCUUAGCUUAGGGUUUAGCUAAGAAAAAGAUUCAAAUAACAACCCUAAAUUCUAAGGAUUCCCAUAUUGUGGCAAUCAAGGGCCUGGGGAUGUUGAAAGGUUGCACCUUUGGAGACACCUGUGCUCUCACGCUAUUUGCUUCAUCUCACCAAAUAUGUGGCAGAUCCAAAUACUAUGGUGCUUUACAUAUAAUCUCAAUGUUGUUCAGACGUAACUCUGAGUUCCUGACAUGAAAGGAAAAAUCUCAGUUAUAGUCGUAACCCUCAUACCCUAAAGGAGCGAACAAAGACGUUAUGUCUUCUAUGUCUUACAAAUGCAGCAACAUGUGGAAAAAUAACAUUCAUUAUUUUAAUAAAAAUAAAUAGCAGUAUAUGAA